AUGUAUUGGUUCUCACGUCCUCUCUCUCCUUCUCCGCUCCAGUUGUCACUACAGAUCACCCUGCCAUGCCAAAGUGAACGACACUAUGAGUACUCUGGACGGUGCUGCACGAAGUGUGAGCCAGGAAAGUACAUGUCUGCUAGAUGCACCAGUGCUUCAGACAGCGUGUGCCAGCCGUGCGGCCCAAACGAGUACAUGGAUGUCUGGAAUGAAGAAGAUAAAUGCUUGCUACAUAAGAUAUGUGAUCAAGGGAAGGCACUGACGGAGGUGAGCCCGGGGAACAGCACGUCCCAGCGGCAGUGUGCCUGCACGGCAGGCUACCACUGGAGUGAAGACUGUGACUGCUGCCAGCGGAACACUGUGUGCGCCCCGGGCUUUGGCGUCAAGCACCCCGUGCAACAAGACAAGGAUACAAUGUGUGUACCAUGUUCCAGAGGCUACUUCUCACAGGUCGCUUCAUCCACCGACAAGUGUAAAUCCUGGACAAACUGUACAGCUCUAGGAAUGGCAGAAGUCGUGCCUGGGACUGACAGGUCUGAUGCAGUGUGUGCAGAACGGAAGGUGCCUGAGCCGUCAGAAGAUGGAACAAACAGGAUCUUAUACGUGUUGAUUGUCAUCUUGUUUUUUGUGACACUAAUUGGCAUUGUCAUCUUCAUCAUAUACUACAAGAAUAAGGGAAAAAAGCUGACAGCAGAUCUACAGAACUGGGCUAACGAAGUGUGCAGCCAAAUAAAAAGCAGAAAGGAGGCCCCUAGAGAUGCGUUUGUUACCGUGAACAUCACCAACGCUGCUGUUGCCCAGAGCUCUGAAGGCACGUGUCUGCUGGGCCCCACUGCCUCUCCUGCUCCCGGGAACUCCUGCUGCGCCAGCAGCCGCGCUCUGGGCAGGAACGGGAGCCCCAGCACGGCACCGUGUGAGGUGGGAGGAAGCCUCCAGGAGUUUUCUGUAGCGACGGAGACUGAUGAUGGCCAUUUCCCACCAGUUCCCACAGAAGAUGAAUACAUGGAUAAGGAUCUCAAUACUGCCGAUUAUUUAUCUUUACUGAGUCGGACUGCCAGUAAAACCGUGUCAUCAUUUUCAGAACCAAUGGAAGCAGGGGAGAAUGACAGCUUAAAUCAGUUCUUUUCAGGGAUUGGGAGCACAGAGGAAGAAUCAGUCUCUCAAGGCUGUCACCCUUCCUCUGACAUAGAUGGAGCACAUGCUGCCACAGACAAACUUCUUCAGAAAUCUUGCCAACAUGCCCACAGUUGCCUGAAGGAAACGGGCAACAAAGACACAGAUCAUUUUGCAACAAACUAUGACUCAGAGAAGAUCUGUGUGAAGUGUGGCAUUUCAUACAGGGAAUCUCCCAGAAAGUGGAGCAAACCCUGCUGUGCUGUGGCUGACAGUGCCUCCACCUCCCCAGAAAGAGGAUGCUAUACACAGUGCACCUGUAGCCUGAAUUUUCUCUCUGCUGGUCAGAGCACUCUAGCAAGUGAAUACAGUACGGACGGUGCAUCCUUGGACAGUACCAAUAUGAAGUACCAGAACACAAACAGAAGCACUUCAGGGACGAACAGCAGCACUUCAGACCUCCCUGCAGCAUCUGGAAAUGUGACUGGAAACAGUAACUCCACCUUUAUCUCAAGUGGACAAGUAAUGAAUUUCAAGGGCGACAUCAUUGUUGUCUACCUUAGCCAAAACUCCCAGGAAGGGGCAACGGCCUCAGGGCCGAGUGAGGAGAACGUGGGCAGCCCUGUGCAGGAAGAAAACCUCAACCGCUGCGAGACUUUUGCCGGCAACGCCCAGCACUACAAGGAGAAGUGUGUGGAGCUGCAGG